AUGGCAAACUUUACAGUGUUGUCCACCUUCACAUUGAUCAUAUUUUGUGUAUACGGGCUUCGUCCGGCGCUGUUGUGGAUGGUUCGCAACACGAGCUUUUUCAGCGAAAAGUACGACAUGGACAACCAAAUAUGCUUCAUCAUGGCCGGGGUUCUGCUGUUUGGGUUCAUUAGUGAUGCGUAUGGGUCACACUCCAUUCUUGGGGCCUUCAUGUUGGGAGCCAUUUUGCCUAAGGGAGAGCUCAAAACUGCAAUCACCGAAAAGGUUGAGGAUUUUGUGUCAAAAAUCUUGUUGCCCCUCUUCUUUUUGAUUCUUGGGAUAAGAACGCAUGUCGUUGUUGUCUUUCGUAGUACAAGCCUUCAAAUUGUCAUGUCAAUUGUUGCCCUGGCUUUCCUCGCUAAAUUUCUUGUGACUUUUGUCGCUGCCAUCAUUAACAAAAUGCCGGUGACGGACAGUUUGGCUUUCGGACUAGUCAUGAACACCAAAGGCCUGCUGGCUAUAUAA